AUGGCGUCGCCAUGGGGACCAAUAGGGGACGCUGCUAGCGUUGCGCAGCUACUGGGACUCGAUGCCGUGAGCCUCAUCUCCCUAAUCGUGACAGCCGCCGCUAACGCACGAAUGCAUAAAACCAAGUGCAAGGUUUUCUCGGAUUACGUACAAAUGGUCUGUGCCCUCAUAGAUCCGCUCAAUCUGUCGGAAUUCAAUGCAACCCCUGUGACGAGGGCGCCAUUGCAGCGGCUGGAGGAUGCACUAAGGAGGUCGUACCUCCUCGUCAGGAGUUGCCAAGAACGCAGCUUUCCUUAUCUUUUUAUAAUGGGGUGGAAGAUUGAGCGUCAGUUCAGGACUGCAGAGGUAGAGAUCGAUCGCUACCUGAAGCUUAUUCCACUCGUCAAUCUCGCAGAACUCCAUAAACUGACGAGGGGAAAAUAG